UUAUUAUGUAGAACCGCGGAAGAGAUUGCUCGUAGAGUUGUCACGUCGAUUGACUUGUAAAUGGAAAUGGCGUCUUUUCCGACCACGUCAUUAACGUCCGGCUCCUUAAGAAUAUUAUUUUAUGUCUUUAUUUUAGAGUUAUUAUUAAUUCAGCCAUUAAACGCGGUGUCAGAGCCGGGGAAAUGGAUCUUGAAGGUGGACAGUGACAUGAUCACGAAUAAGGAAAACUAUUUCCUUUUCUCGAAGACGAUGUUCAACAACACAAUCAUUGAACUGAAAUGGUCCUCUCACUGUCCAGAUGUCAAUGUCUCUUUCUCUGUAUCCUGGGUCCUGCGUAGCUCACGCUGUUAUGAUGAAAUUUUCACUAGUGAUCUCACUAAAUACUUCAGCUCUGUCAGCGUCGAGCAGGAGGGGGGUACAGGCUCGUACAUCCGUCAUGAAUACAAUCCUAUCCUGUGUCCAUCCCAGUCCAGCGCCAUGGCGGUACGUGGGUCUUUUGCGGUGGAGAAUUUUGAUGUUCCAAUAAGGCUUAAGGAAGGAAAGCCACAGGCUAUAGUGGCCAAUGUGAGACACAGGAGAGAAGCAGAAAAUAAAAAGGCUGAGGGGAGCCUGAAGGAGCCAGAGAAAAAGGCUGAAACAGGUGCAGAGAACAAAGACACGGCAAAGGUGCCUAAACCACCUGAGAAGGCCGCACAACCUAAGAAUGCCGUCAUACCAUCUGAGAAGGUCGCACCAGCAGAGAAGGUCGCACCAGCAGAGAAGGUCGCACCAGCAGAGAAGGUCGCACCUGCAGAGAAGGUCGCAUCAGCAGAGAAGGUCGCACCAGCAGAGAAGGUCGCACCAGCAGAGAAGGUCGCACCUGCAGAGAAGGUCGCAUCAGCAGAGAAGGUCGCACCAGCAGAGAAGGUUGCAUCAGCAGACUCCAACAAGCCCCACUACGCUGUGGCACGCACCUGGGAGGACGCGCCCUACAUGUUCAUCCUGUGCAUCACCACGGAUAUCACGGAGAAGAACGACAAAGCCAAGUGGAACGCUGAAUUUGAGAUCCGCAUGCGAGGACCCCAUGACUAUGUCUCAGCCACAGAGUGGCCUCUCAUGAUAUUCUACAUGGUCAUGUGCAUCAUCUACGUGGUGCUGGGAGUGCUGUGGUUGGGGCUGUCCGCCUGCUACUGGAGGGACCUGCUGCGCAUCCAGUUCUGGAUCGGAGGGGUCAUCUUCCUGGGCAUGCUGGAGAAGGCCGUCUUCUACGCCGAGUUCCAGAGCAUCCGCUACGAUGGCCUGUCAGUGCAGGGAGCUGUGCUGUUUGCGGAGGUGCUGUCUGCUGUGAAGAGAACGUUGGCUCGGGUCCUCGUCAUCAUCGCCAGUCUGGGCUAUGGCAUUGUCAAGCCUCGGUUGGGUGCGCUCCUGCACAGGGUGGUCGGCGUGGGGAUGCUCUACCUCGUCUUCUCCGUGGUGGAGGGAGCGCUGCGGGUCAACUCGGAGCAGGGCGAGUCCAGCCGUCUGCUGUGUGACGUAGUGCUGGCCGUCACUGACUCCUGCAUAGUGUGGUGGAUCUUCAUCAGUCUGGCCCAGACCAUGAAGCUGCUACGCCUGCGGAGGAACGUGGUGAAGCUCUCGCUGUACCGACACUUCACCAACACGCUCAUCUUCGCCGUCAUCGCCUCCGUGAUCUUUAUCGUAUGGACUACCAACACCUUCAAGUUCUCCAAAUGCCAGUCCGACUGGCGAGAGCUGUGGAUAGACGAUGCCUUCUGGCGCUUCCUCUUCUCCACCAUCCUGCUGGUCAUCAUGUUCCUCUGGAGGCCGUCCGCCAACAACCAGCGGUACGCCUUCAGCCCUUUGGUGGACGAGGAGAGUGAUGAGGAAGAGAAGGAGCAGCUGGUCAACGAAGCCUUUGAGGGGGUGAAAAUGAGAGGAAUGAAAGCAGAGACAAAUGGAACUGCCAAGCCCAAUAAAGUGGACGAGGAUCUGAAGUGGGUGGAGGAGAAUAUCCCCUCGUCCAUGGCUGACGUUGCAUUGCCCCCUUUGCUGGAUUCCGAUGAGGAGACCAUGGCAACAAAAUUUGAGAUGUCGAAAAUGGAGUAGGAUGCAGACGUUGCUGUACGUAAUGUAAAUACUGAUAUGUGUGUGUAUGUGUGCACACAUCCAUGUGGGAGAUGGAGAGUGUGUGUGUGUGUGUGCACAAUUGUGUGUGCCCGUGUGGGAGAUAUUUGUGUGUGCCCGCGUGUGUGUGUAUGUAUGGUUUGUGUGUGCACGCGUGUGUGUGAGCGUAUGUGUGUAUGUAUGGUUGUUUCUUUUACGCACUCUUAUGUAAAUACAGCUGAAUGAAGGCAAUGUGAAUUACCAAUGAGAGAAACGUUGGUUUUCUUUUUAUUGCUUGAGUGUAUUUAUUUUUUCACAGACACUAUUCUGUUCUCUUAAUAAUUUUGUUACAGACUGUAUUAUGCCUUCGACUGUUGUUUACAUAUCUGGAGUCAAUAAAACAUCACAUAUGGCUGUAACCGAUGUGAUAAAGAAACAA